AUGGUAUUUCACAUUUGCGCGUUAUUGAGAUUUCUGGGACUCUGGAUUCUUAUAGCCUUUUGGGAGGUGGGGAGCGGCCAGCUCCACUACUCCGUCCCCGAGGAGGCCAAACACGGCACCUUUGUGGGCCGCAUCGCCCAGGAUCUUGAACUGCAGCUGCCGGAGUUGGUGCCUGGUCUGUUUCAGUUGGAUUCCAAGGGCUUUGGGGACCUUCUGGAGGUAAACCUGCAGAAUGGCAUUUUGUUUGUGAAUUCUCGGAUCGACCGGGAGGAGCUGUGCGGGCGGAGCGCGGAGUGUAGCAUCCACCUGGAGGUGAUCGUGGACCGGCCGCUGCAGGUUUUCCACGUGGAGGUGGAGGUGAGGGACAUUAAUGACAACCCGCCCCUGUUCCCAACCACACAAAAGACUCUGUUUAUCCCGGAGUCCAGACUGCCUGACUCGCGGUUUCCACUAGAGGGCGCGUCAGACGCAGAUGUCGGUUCCAAUGCUCUGCUGACUUACAGACUGAGCACCAAUGAACAUUUCUCUCUGGAUGUACCACCCAACCACGAACAGGUGAAACCCCUUGGGCUUGUUUUGCGGAAACCAUUAGACAGAGAAGAAGCUGCGGAGAUGCGCUUAUUGCUCACGGCCACCGACGGAGGCAAACCGGAGCUGACAGGCACCGUUCAGUUACUCAUCACAGUGCUGGAUGUCAAUGAUAAUGCUCCAGUUUUUGACAGAUCUCUCUAUACCGUGAAGUUACCAGAGAACGUUCCAAACAGGACGUUGGUAAUCAAAGUCAAUGCCUCAGAUUUAGAUGAAGGCGUGAAUGGUGACGUUAUAUACUCAUUUUCUAAUGAUGUUUCUCCAGAUAUAAAAUCCAAGUUUCACGUGGAUGCUGUGAGUGGAGAAAUUACAGUUAUAGGAGUUAUUGAUUUCGAAGAAAGUAAAGCUUACAAGAUUCCAUUAGAGGCACGUGAUAAAGGCUCCCCACCACUGAUUGGUCACUGUACAGUUCUCGUGGAAGUUGUAGAUGCUAACGACAAUGCUCCACAGCUGAAUGUCAAAACGCUCUGGCUCCCUGUUAAAGAAGACGCACAGCUGGGGAAAGUUAUCGCCUUGAUCGGCGUGACUGAUCUAGACGCAGGUGUCAACGGGCAGGUGACCUGCUCCCUGACCCCUCACGUCCCUUUUAAGCUGGUGUCCACCUUCAAGAAUUACUAUUCGCUUGUGUUGGAUAACGCCCUGGACCGAGAGACCACAGCUGACUAUACGGUGGUGGUGACAGCCCGGGACGGCGGCUCGCCUUCGCUGUGGGCCACAGCCACUGUGUCCGUGGAGGUGGCUGACGUGAACGACAACGCGCCCACGUUCUCGCAGCCCGAAUACACGGUGUUCGUGAAGGAGAACAACCCGCCUGGCGCGCACAUCUUCACGGUGUCGGCCAUGGACGUGGACGCGCAGGAGAACGCGCUGGUGUCCUACUCGCUGGUGGAGAGGAGGGUGGGCGAGCGCUUGCUGUCUAGCUAUGUGUCUGUGCACGCUGAGAGCGGCAAAGUGUUCGCGCUGCAGCCUCUGGACCAUGAGGAGCUGGAGCUGCUGCAGUUCCAGGUGAGCGCGCGGGAUGCUGGUGUGCCUUCCCUGGGCAGCAAUGUGACUCUGCAGGUGUUUGUGCUGGAUGAGAACGACAAUGCUCCGGUGUUGCUUGGGUCUGGGACAAGCAGUGCAGAUGGAGUGUUCAAUCAGUUGUUGCCCAGGUCUGUGGAUCCUGGUCACGUGGUGGCAAAGGUGCGCGCUAUAGACCUGGACUCUGGUUACAAUGCUUGGCUGUCUUAUGAGCUGCAGUCGUGGCCCGGCAGUACACGCAGCCCAUUCCGUGUAGGCCUAUACACUGGAGAGAUCAGCACCACUAGGGCCCUGGAGGAGGCAGAUGGGACUAGACAGCGCCUGCUGGUGCUGGUGAAGGACCAUGGUGAGCCUCAGCUGACUGCCACAGUCACCGUGCUGGUGUCUCUAGUGGAAAAUGGCCAGGCACCAAAGGUCUCGUCACGGUCCUCUGUAGGUGCUAUAGUGCCAGAAUCGUCGUUAGUGGAUGUUAACGUGUAUCUGAUCAUCGCCAUCUGCGCCGUGUCCAGCCUGUUGGUGCUCACUCUGCUGCUGUACACCGCGCUGCGCUGCUCGACUGCGCCCAUGGGGGGCGCUUGUGGGACGGGGAAGCCCGUGCUGGUGUGCUCCAGCGCGGUGGGGACCUGGUCAUACUCUCAGCAGAGGCGGCAGAGGGUGUGCUCUGGAGAGGGUCCGCCCAAGACCGACCUCAUGGCCUUCAGCCCGGGUCUACCUCCAUGUCCUGGAUCUGCAGAUGGAUCUGGAGAACCAUCUGUUUCUUUGGACUCUUAUGAGAAGAUUGAGUGA